AAUAGCACCGCGAGGGGCGCUCCUGGGCUCAUAAUGGCGAGACAGGGGCGCAUAGCCCGGGGAAGUGCGCUGAUCGCGGGUCUCGGAGGGUCGGGACGGCCGCAGGCGCUGCGGAAGCAGCAGUCGCAGGGCCCUUCACGGCCCGGACAGCGCAGCAAAGAAAAGAAGAAAGUGAAUUGCAAGCCCAAGAACCAGGAUGAGCAAGAAAUCCCUUUCCGGCUCCGAGAGAUUAUGAGGAGCCGACAGGAGAUGAAAAAGCCGCUAAGCAACAAGAAGAGAAAAAAGGAGGCCCAGGUGGCGUUCAAGAAGACAUUGGAAAGGGAAGCGAAGGGAGAGGAGCCUGACCUUGCUGUCCCUACGUUCAGGCAAAGGAAGGGGGAGUCUGAUGGGGCCUACAUCCAGCGCAUGGAGCAGGAGGCCCAGCACGUGCUGUUUCUCAGUAAGAACCAGGCCUCUCGGCAGCCAGAGGUGCAGGCAGCUCCUGGGAAGAAGUCUGAGCGGAAGAAAGCGUUCCAGAAGCGGCGACUUGAAAAGGCCCAGAAGAAAAGGGAGGCCAGAGCAGUGGAGAGAUUGGAGCAGGAGUUGCUAAAAGAUACUGUCAAGUUUGGAGAAGUUGUGCUACAGCCCCCAGAGCUGACGGUCCAACCUAGAAGGAGCACAAACAGAGACAGGCCUGGCAAGAAAUCGCUAAUGCUGAAGAUGCUUUUGGGCCCUGGUGGUGUGUCCUCGACUCCAGCCACUUCACUGGCCCGCCAGCGGAUCCUUGGGGAGGAGCGGGAGCGGGCUGUGCAGGCUUACAGAGCCCUGAAGAAGCUGCAGCGGCAGGAAGUGACACCUGGACAGCCCCCCUGCAGCUCUUCCCAGAGGACACUCCAGGCUUGUCUGUGAUGCAGAGACCCCGCCGUCCAAGGCCCUUAGAAACUGGCCUGGGGGGGCUAGACUUGGAUGAGGGAGAGACAGCAGAUGCUUGGUUUGGAUAGGGACCUGAGUGUAAGCUUUCAGUACGCAGGCCAGGGUGACUUUCUCUUCCUCUAAGGUUUGUGCCUUUAAGAGUGACCAGUGAGUCUCAUACAGGGCAAAUCUCCAGCACUUGCCUGAGACAUCUGGGAGGGCUGGUGUUUUUCCUGAGCCUGGCUUCGUUCUGAAACAAGUCUCAGCUGGUACUAGCCAGGACCACCUCAAAAAGACUCAAUCCUUAAUCCAGCUGAUCACUGAAGCUGCUGGUGUAAGUCAGCCUGUUGUCUUAAGAGGCUUCCGUGGGCUCAGUGCAACCAUUGCAAGGCAGGGACAGGGCAAAGCAGGCUAGGCCUGGCAGUCAGCACGUUAUUUGCCUGCAGGGGUCUGGCCAGAACCUCUGCCCAGGUUUGGUUUGGAUAGAGAUGGGUUGUUAGUGCUGCCUGAGUACCCUGAAGGACGAACAUGAAAACCCAGUUCCCAUGGAAGGAAGAAUGCAGAGGCAGAAGAAUCCAGAGUUCAAAGCCACUCUGUGACUUACAGCAAGUGUGAGCCAACUGGAACUACAUGAGAUAGUGUCUCAAAAACCUUAUCUAAACAUCAAGAGCUAAGCUUGGACCCUGCUGGGGAAGCCCACAGUCCUCUGGUGGAUCUGUGGAGCUUUGUCUAGCAAAGCUGGUCCUGGAGCCCAAGGGGAGUCCUUCCAAAUGUGCAUUUUCCAGAGUGAGGGUUAUUAACGUUUUGCUCUUUGAAGUCUGGGCCAUUGUUCUCUGACACACUCAUUCACAGCCCCGGUCAGUGCACAUCAGUGUGACUAGGCAUGAGUGCUUACACAGACACCCAACAGUAGUAAGGCUCAGAGAUGAGCAAGUUGGCUGCAUUGGCCACUUGAUUUCCCACAAUACAUUAGGAGGGGCCAGGGCCCAGAGCCACUGCUAUCAGGUGCAGGCGUUUGAGUUCUUUCCAGAAGCAAUGUAACCAUCCAGCUAACGCAGGGUGGCCAGCUCCGUAGCCAACUGUGAGCUGCAUUAAAGAACUCUAACUGCCCUAAGGAGCCCAGGCCUUA